ACAUAGCAGAACAAAUUUUAUCCGUUCGAGUUGUAACAUAAUUUCAUUUAAAAUGAUUUUUUAUUCAAAUCCCAUUUGUUUUAUAAUCAUCACCAACUUGGUUGUUUGCAACGCUUGGAAUUAUUGGACUUCUGCUACAAACUCAAAAAUGUUGGUAGUAAGCAUAGAGCAUGAAAGUGAUCCAGUUUUCCCAAACAGUUUAAAUUACACGGGGUUUGAAGAGAUUUUUGUGCAACAUCCGAAAAUCAACGAACUGACGACGGAAAUGCAAUCGUCGAUUUUGAACAUGAAAGAGCUUACAUUGUGGCAAGGGCAGAUUAGUAGUGUGCAUUUGAUCGCGCAACUUCGUUCGGUUUAUAUAGAAAAUUGUAGUACUACUGAAGUUGUUAUCAAUCCAAACUGGAAUUAUCAAACAGAUUAUUUAGUGAUCAUAUUUGGGAAAUUAGAAAAACUUCCUGCACAUCUAAAUGUUUUGAAAAAUUUGGAGAAACUUUAUCUGCAUGACAACCAAAUUGAAUUCCUUGAUAUGGCCGAUUUCAACGGAUUGAACAAACUUAAGUUAAUUUCAAUAUACGGAAAUAAACUAUCCGAAAUCAGAGCAACGUUGCAGAAUCCAGUGAUUCUUCCUAAUUUGGAGGAAUUCUAUGCAUAUAAUAACCGUCUCAGUGAUAUAAGUUUUGAGCACUGGAAUACUAAAUUGUUGAAUCGAAUAUGGUUGCGUGAAAAUAAACUGCAGAUUGCGCUUUUCUUUCCGAGCGUUUUUCCAGUCUUAAGGGAAGUGACUUUGAAUAACAAUUCAUUUAACUGCGAAUGGCUUACAUCAACUUUUAAAGCAUUAAAGGCCCUAAGCAAUGUCACAAUUUACAGUGAAAGUGAAACUAAAUGUGACAAAAAUGGACCCUCAUUGGAAGAGCUGGUUCGCAGAGUUAAGUUCAAGGAGACACUCGCAACUGUUCCACAUUCGGAAAACAGGCAAAUUGAAAUAGAGUUUAGUCUAAAAACACUAAUGUACAUUGAGUCUCUUAACAAUACCCUAACAUCGAGCAUUGACCAACUGCGAGUGGAAAACCGGUUGUUACACAACACUUACAAAACAUUCGAAGCCAACAUGAGUGAGUUAUCUGCAUCCACUAUGUCAAUGAAGGAGAAUUUUGACACGGAAGUAAGAAACGAGAUAGUGACCAUCAAUUCAGAGUUAAAACUGCUGGCGAAAUCAAUGCAGAUCAAUAAACAGCUUAUAAAUUCGCAUGAGUCGGAAAGCAGUUCAAGUUUGGUUGAAAGAGGUCAGGAAAUGAUGAAACUCAAGCAACAGAUCAAACUUAUCGAGCAAACGCAAAACUACCAGUCGGAGAAACAGCAAUUUCUAGAUGAAAAGUUGGCAUUUGAUACUGCGGCAGAGAUUGAACAAAUAAAACAAAUUUUGGAAGAGUUGCAACAGCAAAUGAAUGCUUCGUCGAUCACCUUGAAUGGUUCCGUUAAUUCUGGAUCUGAUAAGUUGGAAUGCUUGUUGGUGGUACAUGUAGGUAAUGGAGCAAUUUUGCUUAUGAUUUUAAUGAAACACUUAUUGAAUGAUUAACCGAGUAUCAAUUUGUACACGAGGUGUAUCAGCUUGACAACCAGAACAAAAGAGUUGAUUGGUGUGCAUUUAUAUGAAACAAAAAGCUAUCAAUCAUUCUAUUUAAUAGCCUCUUUACGAAAAAUAUAUAA